UGCAUCUCGAGUUUCUGCCGUGAGCGAGCGAUCGAGAGACCCGAGUCAACAAACGCAGUCUGUUGUAAAGGCCACUAGCACACUAACCCGAAUAACGAGUCGUGUUUACAUGAGGAAACAGAGAUAGAGGUGGCGUUGCCAUGGUGAUGCCAGGUGAGAUGUAGUGUUGGUGUGACCUGUGACCCCUGAGAUGUGGCCUCUCCGCUGCGACUUCCUGUCGCAAUACACACACCACCACCUGGUAGUGUUCCUGCUCACCUUCUUCAGCUAUGUCCUACUGCACUCCUCCAGGAAGACCUUCUCUAAUGUGAAAAUCAGCAUCUCUGCACAGUGGACCCCUUCAGUCCUCAACAGCACGCUGCCCCCAUACUCGCCUGGAGAGACAUGGGAGGAGAACCGCAUGUUCUCAGACCAGCAGGAGGCCACUCUGUUCCUCGGGGCUCUGGACACCAUCUUCCUGUUCUCCUACGCCGUGGGUCUGUAUAUUAGUGGAGUGGUGGGGGAUCGCCUAAACCUGCGAUACGUGCUGACAUUUGGUCUUUGUGGGUCAGCAGUUGUGGAGUUUGUGUUUGGGACCGUUACGGAGUGGCUGGCGUUCUAUAAUGUGUAUUUCUACUGUGGGCUGUGGGUGUGUAACGGACUGCUGCAGUCAGCUGUUUGGCCCUGUGUGGUCGCCGUCAUGGGCAACUGGUUUGGCAAGUCAGGACGAGGCUUCAUCUUUGGGCUGUGGAGUGCGUGUGCAUCUGUGGGCAACAUCCUGGGAGCCUUUCUGGCUUCAAGUGUCCUCAAGUAUGGAUAUGAGUAUGCAUUCCUGGUGACGUCAGCAGUGCAGUUUGCAGGAGGAGUGGUUGUUUUCUUUGGCCUACUCACCUCGCCAAAAGAAAUUGGGCUGAGUGUGGACUCUACUGAUAUGCGUCCGGUGGAGAGGGACUCAGACAGCCAGCGUCCGCUAAUGAGCGAUGAAGAGGAGGAGGAAGAGGAGGAGGAGGGUGUGUGUGAGGACUCACCCAGAGCUAUAGGGUUCCUACAGGCCUUCUGUCUGCCUGGGGUCAUCCCAUAUUCUCUGGCCUAUGCAUGUCUGAAGCUGGUCAACUACUCCUUCUUCUUCUGGCUGCCGUUCUACCUGAGCAACAACUUCGGCUGGCCAGAGGCACAGGCUGACCGGCUCUCUGUGUGGUACGACGUGGGAGGCAUCAUAGGUGGGACGGUGCAGGGUCUGAUCUCUGACCUGCUGGGGAAGAGGGCUCCUGUAAUUGCACUCAGUCUCCUGAUGGCCAUGGGGGCGCUGGUGGGCUACAGCCGUUCUCCAGAUGAUAAGGUGGUGAAUUCAGCCCUGUUGGCCACUACAGGGUUCUUCAUCGGCGGGCCGUCCAACAUGAUCUCGUCGGCCAUUGCGGCGGAUCUGGGCCGGCAGGACGCGCUGCAGGGCAGUCAGGAGGCGCUGGCCACCGUCACCGGCAUCGUGGACGGAACCGGCAGCAUCGGCGCCGCCGCCGGACAGUAUCUGGUGUCUCUGAUUGAGAGCAAGCUGAACUGGAUGUGUGUGUUCUACUUCUUUGUGAUCAUGACAGGGUGCAGUGUGCUGUUCAUCGUUCCUCUGAUCGUGGGAGAGCUGCGCUCCAUGUGUCGAGAUCGCCAGACGCAGGCCAACCAGCUGUGACGGGUGCGCCCGCACGCUACGGGUCGCUACGGCAACCGUGAAGCGGCAGCCCUCCUCCAAGACCACUAAGGUGCCAGCGCUGUGUGUUGGUGCAGGACCGUGAUUACACAUCUGGGAACGCCGCGCACGUGCUCAUCUCUCACAACGGAGUACUCAUCUGAUUGUUGCCCUGUUGCCUAGUCUGAUUGGGGGGGUCCGUUGCCCCGUUGCCCUGUUGCCCAUUCUGAUUGUCUUCAGUUUGCAUCAGCAGCUCUCUGCCAGUCACUGCGUACACUCACGGCUUUGCCUGAUUCACUGGGAAUCUCACAAACAGUUAGCACCCACAGCGUUAGCUCCACAGCGUUAGCACCCACACCGUUAGCACCCACAGCGUUAGCGCCCACAGCGUUAGCACCCACACCGUUAGCACCCACACCGUUAGCACCCACACCGUUGGCACCCACAGCGUUAGCGCCCACACUGUUAGCACCCACACCGUUAGCACCCACAGCGUUAGCACCCACAGCGUUAGCACCUACAGCGUUAGCUCCACAGCGUUAGCACCCACAGCGUUAGCUCCACACCGUUAGCACCCACAGCGUUAGCGCUACACCACACACCAUUACAUCCUUAUGCCCAACACCACUCGCCAUCAGACCACUUGUGCCACUACUCCAGAGGGCAGUCUCAUUGAACACACACACACACGCACACACACUACAGUACACAACAUAGUAGAUAGGAGCCGCAUCCUCACAGGCAGGAGUCGUCUACUUAGAACACAGCUCUGCUGGCAGGGAUCGUCUACUUAGAACACGGUUCUGCUUGAUGUGAUCCAUUGUGUGCUAAUGAAGUGACCUCAUCGCGCACACACACACACGCACACACUUGCACACACUCGCACUGCAGUAUAGACGACCCUUACGCAGAUAACUGCCUUCACACACACACACACACACACACACACACACACACACACUCAUCACAGCCUCUCAGGAGGAUUUUAAAGGUUUUAGUACAAAUAACCAUUUCCUUUUGGUUGUAUGUAUUUUAUUUAAUUUUUUAUGAAUGUUUUGUUAUGUUUGUGCCAAUGUAAAGGAAUUUAACUGAAUGUCUUAAUAUGAUGCCAACUGCUGUGGGGUCCUCAGCCCGUCAGGGCUGCCCUGCCAGAUGCCUGUGUGGCUGCACCACCAAUAAGGGGCUUGUAUUGACUCUGUGUUAGAGGUGCUAUACAUUAAGAUUAGGCCCCGCAGGACUCUACUGUUAGAGUGUUGGAGUAGAAUGUUCAUACCGCAGGACUCUACUGUUAGAGUGUUGGAGUAGAAUGUUCAUACCGCAGGAUUCUACUGUUAGUGUUGGAGUAGAAUGUUCAUACCGCAGGACUCUACAGUUAGAGUGUUGGAGUAGAAUGUUCAUACCGCAGGACUCUACUGUUAGAGUGUUGGAGUAGAACGUUCAUACCGCAGGACCAGAGCCAUAUAAAGAGAGAGUUGCGACAACUCCAUUGACGCUAAUGUUCCAUAUUUUCUCAACAAUAGUUCCAGGAAGUUAGGAUCGAACACUCGUUAACAGACUGUAAAAGACGGUUAUUUUAUGAUUCUAACGAACAGUCAAAAUCGCUUCCGGGAACUAUUUGAACUACUUGAAGUUACACGAACCACGUCACAAACCGAAUUUUCUGUACCCGAGUUGUCGCAACUCUCUCUUUAUAUGGCUCUGCGCAGGACUCUACAGUUAGAGUGUUGGAGUAGAACGUUCAUACAGGAUUCUACUGUUAGUGUUGGAGUAGAGUGUUGGAGUAGAACGUUCAUCCAGGACUCUACUGGGUUGUAGGGUUGGAGUAGAGUGUUGGAGUAGAACGUUCAUCCAGGACUCUACUGUUAGUGUUGGAGUAGAGUGUUGGAGUAGAACGUUCAUCCAGGACUCUACUGGGUUGUAGGGUUGGAGUAGAGUGUUGGAGUAGAACGUUCAUCCAGGACUCUACUGGGUUGUAGGGUUGGAGUAGAGUGUUGGAGUAGAACGUUCAUCCAGGACUCUACUGGGUUGUAGUGUUGGAGUAGAGUGUUGGAGUAGAACGUUCAUCCAGGACUCUACUGGGUUGUAGGGUUGGAGUGUGGGGAUACGGCUCCUGUCUCAUUGUGCUUGAUGUUUACUGUGGGAUGGUGUCUUGUUUGCACCCUGCACCAAUGUGAUGCUGACAUGACCUGCUUUUCUGUUGUUCAACAAGAUUUGAUCUUUUUAUCA